AGCUUAAAAUGUGAUAUAAAAACAACUCAUCGUUUAUAUUUAACUCACCCAUGACUCAUUCUACAUAUAUCCUCCAUCUCCACCGCACCCUGGCCCCAGUCUUAGUUGAAAAUACGUUCCCUGAAUGAUGAAGAGUCUCUAGUAAGAAUGGAGGGUCCACGUACACCAAUGGAUAACCUUCUGAAUGUGCUCUCGGGUUUCUCAGCGGGUCACGAGAAAGCCUUGAAGCAGGGUAUCUACAACGCAGUGGCCCUCCUCGUCCUUUUCCUGACGUGCGCUGCAACCUACGGCUUAUAUCUCAUCCUCCAUCCCUUCGUCAAGCCCCUGAUAUGGGCCCUUCUCUGUGGAAGUGUGCUCUUUCCCUUCAAGCUCUACAUAACGACGGCCGUGCAAUCGUGGUUCGCAGAAACCGAAAACUCCCACGAACCCCUGCUGAUGCACCUGGCGAUGGUUCCAGUCAGAAUAGCUGAUAGAAUCUCUGACACAGUUGGCCAUUUUCUCCAUCAGCGCCUCAAUUAUGUAGGUACCCUAAUAGGAGUUGUGUCUGGGGUCAUCAUAGUGUACUGGUACACCCCCAACAUCCUCAUCUGCCUCAUUUGGCGCUUAAUUCAGCUGCUAGUGGCCUUGACCUCUGUCUUCAUCGACACCUGCAAUAUUUACAUCAUCUCGACGCUGGUGAUAGGGUACGUUUCCAUUCUCUACGUGUACUGGACACCCAGGAAUGCCCAGCAGUUCAACUACGUCUCCAUCAUUCUGUGGUUGAUUGUCUCUCUUUAUGUCUCCAACAUCCUGGGGGUUUACGAAGUCGCCGUCUUCUUGGCACUUCAGACCCUGUGCAUCAUUGGCUUUACGUAUGAAGUGAUUGUCAUUAUGGAAACUAGGGAGGCACUGGGGAAACCUCUGACAUUCGCUGAGGCUGUUCAGAUAGCGGUAACAGGGGAGGAGCAACCCCUGGAGCCUCGAUCCUCUGAAGAACGCGAAGAGACCGACGUCUUCCCUCAGACUUCGGCGCCCCAGCUCUCGCCAGACGAUAUAAAAGAGCCGUCACCGUCCGUCCCCAAAAGACCCUUGAAACUUGCAGGAAAAUCUGUCUCUCUAGACGCAGACGUAGAGAAUGUGCCAACCAGAGGAGACUCAAGACGAUCCUGUAGUUUCCCAAACGCCAGAGUCACUCCUCGUGACAGGUACGUCCUCAGGAGACUGAGGACUGAACUCAGAAUAUCUCUGGACGCUCCUGAGGACGAAGUGGACACCGAUAAGUACAUGUAUGGGGCAUUUUACGCUUGUGGGGGAAUGCUCCUCUGGAAGCACAAGUGGAUUCUCACGAUCUUGACUCUGCCAAUUGUUUGGUACUUUUUGAAACUCUUGGGGAGACGUUCAGGGUUUUGGAGGUACGUCCAGGGACAAACUGAGAGGUUCGUCGAGUUCCUGAAGGCCUGGAGUAAGGAAAGACAACAAGCGCUGGCUCCAGCCCACGUCAGGGGUAUCUACAAAGUUUAUCUCAUUGUCGAUAAAAACUUCAGGGAAAUUCUCAAAGGAUCUGUCGACGCUGUUGUCACCAUUGCUGUCAUCCUGGCACUGUUGGUAUUCACCUUUUGCGCAUCGAUUUUCAUUAGUGUUCAGAUUUAUGGGGAAGGCCUGCACCUGGUACAAGUCACAGGGGAAAUUCUCAACACUUCUCUUGUGAAUAAUCCCGAUAUCGAUUGGGUUCCUCAGCAGUGGGAGGAGUCGGUUAACUCUGUUCUGGAUAAUGCUUAUACCUAUGGAAGAUCUGCCAUCUCGGAUGGAAUCAAGGGUCUCAUGAAGGGCCUGGAGCCCUCCAAGGCUGAGGUUCUUGAAAAGAAAGUUCUCGAACUGUGGGACAGGUUGUAUCAGGCCUGGAUGAUGUCCGACGAGGACCCAGGGAUGAUUGGGCCCACGGUGGAUGUCAGUGCUGCCAUGACAGCUUGGGAGAGCAUCAAGGAGAGUUUCGGGAAGAUGCCAACGCAGAUAUUUAACAUGACGGGAAUCCAAAACUUUGCAAGGGAAAAUGUCGGUAUUCUCAUGCAGGUGUUGGACUCGGUGUGGAGCAUUGUCAAGGGAAACAUGUCCGUGGUGAUGAGUGUGCUGACGGAGUUACUGUAUGUGGUGCUGAUGAGUGGUUCUGCUGUCCUGAAUUUUACACUCAGCACUGUAGUCUUUUUCACAACUCUGUUUUACUUGCUGUCCAGCAGUGGCAAGACGUAUAAACCCAUUGAACUGAUCGCCAUGUUCAGUCCAAUCAGUUGCUACAGCAAGGAUUUUUUGGGAGGAUUUGCAAUUGCUCUUCAGGAGGCUGUGAUUGCUGUGUUCGCAGCGACGUUUAAGCUAGCGUCGUUUUUCGGAAUGUGGACCUGGUUUAUCCACAAUUUGUUCCAAGUGAAGAUUGUCUAUCUUCCCUCGGUAUUUGCCACUGUGCUGGCAGCGGUGCCUUUCCUGGAUGCUUAUUUCGCCUGUAUACCUGCUACUCUUGAACUUUGGUUCACUAGAGGCCCUAUGAUCGCUGUUCUGUUCUUCAUAUUUCACUUUCUACCUUGUAACAUCGUCAUCACGGACUUUUAUAAGGAAAUUAAAGGAGGUGGCCACCCAUACUUGACAGGAUUGUCAAUAGCUGGUGGUAUUUUUUGCUUGGGAGUUGAGGGAGCCAUCUUCGGACCACUUUUGCUCUGCUGCAUCAUGGUGGCCAUAAACUUGAGUCGAAAGUACAUGCAGUCUGUCUCUGAAGAAACUUUUCACUCCCUGAAAUCUCAGAUUGAUCAGCUGGAUGCUGAACCUCAAGUAUCCCCAUGAUUCCAGUUCAACCUAGGGAAACCAAACCGUCCGCAUGCGCUCGUGCUUCCAUGCCUCGUAAAAAUCACAUUGUUAGCUAUUUAAGUCGAUGAUCGUAAGUGCUUAUUGAUGAGUUUAAUCAGUGAUGAAGAAAUUUAUCAAUCUUGGAGACUUGACUGUCGUUUACACUUUUAAAAACUAGUCAAUUGUAAUUUAAUCGAUAGUUUUGAUAUCUCGAUAUUCUGUUGUUCCUCUUCGGAUGAAAAGCGAUCCGAAAAAGUUCUUGAAUUUCAGUCUAGAGCGUGUGUUAAGAAUCGGAUUAGAGGAAAUUUUAUUUGUUGGAAAAAACCAUACUUUCUUAUUUUUAGAUGUGUCGCGAUUUUUUUUACUGUGUUAAAUAUUUGAUAUGAUAUUUCUCUAGUUGGAUUUAUUUGUGUUUAUUUUUCCGUGGGGCAUAGUUUAUAAUGCAUUUAUUAAGGCAUUAAAAAUGUUGCUUAACAAAGUGAGAAGUCUUCAGAAAUUUUUGGGCUUAUCUUCUCUGGCUAUCUCACUUACUCAAAUAAUGAUAACAUCUUCAGCGUUCGUUUGUCUAGUUCACAAUUCGCUUGACAUAUGCCAAAAUUACUAUGUGAUUUUUUAAAGUUUCUAUUCAUGCAGUGUAAAAUGUUGAAAUAAAAUUACAAAU